AUGUCUCCAUCAGCUCAGGCCGUCGAUCCUGCCGGCGGUAAAAACCACAAUGAAGAAAAGCCAGGUGACCUGGUGGCCAGUAUCAAAAGGUACUACGUGUCCUCCGAAUUUUCAGAUUUGACCGUCCAUACCAAGAUCCAAGAGUUCAAAGUCCACCGACUGGUUGUCUGCGGACAGUCCGAGUUUUUUUCUCGUUUAUACAAGAACGAGUGGGCAGAAAAUAUGAAGAACGAGGUCAAUAUCUAUGAAGACGACCCCCACGCGAUAGAAGCAAUGUUUCGAUCCAUGUACGGUCUCGAGUACGACAGCAGGGCUGGUGACCAUACAUCAUCCUUGAUAUUUGCUAUCAAGGCAUACCAGGUUGCAGACAAAUAUCUGGUUUCACGGCUCAAAACUCGAGCAGUAGAGAGGUUUCGAGCUCUUGUGGAGAAGUGCUGGCAGACGGAUGACUUCCAUGAUUUCCGAAUAAUUAUUGCAGAGGUAUCUGAGCGUACGAGAAGGGAUCAGGAUCUUUGGAGGAUUCUCACGAGAAUCUCUGCAGACUAUAUCGCGGGACUAGGGGAUAACGAGAGUUUCAGGAACGCCCUUGAGGACUCCAAUGGCUUUGCUGCGGAUCUUGUUCUGGAGAUGGCCCGGAAUGGGAUCGGAAAAGCAUCCGAUCUCAUGCGGAAGUACCGUUGCAAAUUUGAACGACUCACUGCAAAUCAAGCUACUGCAAUCAUGAUUCCCUUGAUCACACUCGAAGAGCAUUACAGCUCGCGGAAAAUGAGCGCAGCUAGCCCAGAAGCCCAAGCUCAAUACGCCGCAUUUCCCCCGCACAUCCGCAACAAGCUGGAGUCCCUCGGCGACGAGCGUAUCCAGGACCUCGACAAAGGCAAUGUCUCUCUCCAAAUCCUCUCGCAUGGACCCGGCGACAUUGCCGCACCGUUAUGCACGGCCGUGAACGAUGAUCUGGCCGCUGCGGUCUCUCAGCACCCGACCCGACUCGCAGGGUUCGCGAUGCUUCCGAUGAGCGAGCCACUAGCCGCUGCGACGGAGCUGGAGCGCUGUGUGAAGGAGCUGGGCUUUGUCGGGGCGCUGAUCGAGAACCACACGGGUGGAAAGUACUACGACGACGAGCGCUUCUGGCCGGUCUUCGAGAAAGCGCAGGAGCUAGAUGUUCCGCUCUACAUCCAUCCCACGUUCGCCACCGAUCCAAUGAUGGAGUACUACAAGGGGAACUACGACGACUCGGUCGCGCUGGCGCUGAGUGCGUAUGGCUGGGCCUGGCACACGGAGACGGCCCUGCAUAUCCUAAGGCUAUAUGCCGGUGGGGUCUUCGAUCGCUACCCCAAAUUAAAGAUCGUGAUCGGCCAUAUGGGCGAGAUGCUUCCCUUUCAGCUCGAUCGUGUUUUCACUGUUUCUGCGAGGUUCGGGAAGGAGAGGAGCUUCCAGGAAGUCUGGAGGAAUAACAUCUGGGUCACGACUAGUGGCAUGUUCUCGUUGACGCCGCUGGCUUGUCUCUUGAAGACAACCUCCAUCGAACAUGUGCUUUAUAGUGUUGACUAUCCCUUCUCGACUAACGAAAGGGGGCUGGACUUUUUCAAGGAGAUUGAGAAGAGUGGUCUGAUCGCGGGCGAGGAUCUGGAGUUAUUUGCUUAUCGAAAUGCGGAGAAGCUGUUGCGGGUCACAGCUAAGAAGUAGGAUAUUGGCUACAUAUAGUGUAUAAGUGGAAAAGGGGCGGGGCGUUGCUGCCACUGCUAAAAUGAAG